UCGCCAUGCGACACAAAAAUGAAGGCAAAAUCUCCAUUCAAACGCUUCAUGAUAACUGGGGAAAACUGAUUGCGGGCCAGUGGGAUCUUGGAUGCAUACCGGCGAAUCAUUCAGACUAACAGCUUCUGUGCAAGAGUCCUUCACAAAACAGACAUCAACACAAACUCAAAUAUCCGUAUUCACUGAAUUCUACCUAGUUUCAUCAACAAUACACCAUCAUGAUCAAGAACGAAGACCGACUUCCUCAUCUCUUCCAUGCGCUUCGGGCCUCAACGAAAAAUUGUAUGCAACGAACCGUCACUGCACCCGCCAUUGGCGGCAGUACGAAAAUCAACCGCUCCUCAAGCAUCAACAAGAAGAACCUCCGCAAAAGCAACAAGAUUCGUAGUUCGCAAAUUCAGGAACCCAGCAUUGACGCCGGCAUUAUCGUUGACCCCAACUCGAGUAUGGCAGUCUUGGACAGUCUGAAGAAGCGAUUGGAUGAGGUCGCAGCCAACAAGAGCAUCACGCGAAUCAAGCUCUCAAACUUUGUCGAUCUACAUUCGGAGCAUCCAUGUGCCUUGGUGGCACUUCGUGAUCUCUUGUGGCAAGACAGUCGAUCCUGGUCAACACUGACCUUUUACGAUACCAUUGCGGGUGGCAACUACCGACACUGGCUGCGACGAAAAGCUAAUAUAAAGACUCGUCUAUCCUGCAUCCAGCAAGACUUGGGUUUGCAGAUUGUCUUUCGCAGUCGGCUAGUAUUGGAUUGUCAUGACGAGACGGCGGACCGCAUGGUGGCAGUACUGCGAGCAGUUCAAAAGGAUCCUCAUGUCACAUCAAUCUACUUGACAGGCUACCUGCCACCGGCACAAAUGGAACAAGUUUGCGAGGCUCUGUGCCAACUCAUGAAAUACGGUCAACCUCGCGUCUGGGAAGGAAUUGUGGUCCACACCACAUUUACAGCAAAUUCUUCUGGAAGCAAUGAUGACUACCUUCCCUGGAGUAAAGCUGCUCAAAAACAAAAACGAUACUUGGAAGACUUGGCGAUCAAGUGUUCCAUACCCGUUGGUGUCAAAGUGGAAUAGAACAGAACAUACCAGCCCAGCAAGAGAUAGAAACCUAAGAACACAAAUAGACAUAGACAAACCC